UUGCCGUCACAAAAACACAAAUAGAAUAACAAAUUCAAAAUUAAUAAUAAAGUAAAAACAAAAAGAGAGAGGGCGACAUCCAACAGCAAAGAUGCCUUGCUGCGCACAAGACAGCACCCAUGACUUGACAUACGAAAAUGUGUUCGAGGAUAAAUCGACUAGGCGCAGUUUCAUUAUGAAAGUCUGUUUGAUAACGGCAUGUAUGCUACUUGCGACGACAGCAAUUUUGGCAAUAUUUGUGACUAAUGAAGACGCCAAAAGUUGGCUGUACAGAAAUUCUUGGAUUGUCAUUGUGGCCAUCGCCGCCACAUUAGUAAUUCUGAUUAUGUGUUGCUAUUGCCCCUUCCUUUUCCGCAAGAAGCCGAUUAAUUAUAUCCUGCUCAUGAUAUUUGUCGCUGGGGAGUCCAUUUUAAUAUCCUUUAUAUCAAUGAGAUAUUUGCCCUCUCAGGUGUUAAUGGCCAUUGGCUAUACGGCCCUCCUGGUGGUGGCUCUGGCCCUGUUCGCUCGGUUCGCUCCCUGCGACUUCACCGGCUGUGGUCCAUAUCUGCUGAUUUUUUGUCUUGUCUUGUUUGUAAUGGCUAUUGUUAUGUUCUUCUACCGAUCGUUCUGGCUGCUCAUUUUAUUCUGCAGCCUUGGAAUAUUGGUGUUCUCCCUGUAUCUGGUGGUGGACAUACAGAUGAUGAUUGGCGGUAAACAUAAGAACCAGUACGAUGAGGAGGACUACAUACUAGCUGCCCUCUCUAUCUACAUUGACAUUAUUCAAUUGUUCUACUACAUACUCCUGUUACUUGGCUUACUUGAUGAGUAGAAUUACGAGUAUUUAUUGUGCUGAUUUGAAUUUUAAGUGCAAAUUUGUAAAUGUAUGUAAAUUAAGGAUUACACUAUCUAUCGUCUAUAAA